CCAGCCGCCGACGUUGGACGGACGCCAGUAGCACGUGGUUGGCCGCGGCAGCUCCGGUGGACGGGUCCGAGCGCCGCCCCCACAUCACAGACGACCGAGAUGACGCGACCGAGCGUGCUGGUGACCCGACCCGACAUACCGCCCGAGGGCCUGGCGCUGCUCCGCGACAGGUGUGAUGUGACGGUGUGGGACAAGCCGGAGCCGGUGGAGCGGUCCUUUCUCCUGGAGAAUAUAAAGGGCAAAGACGCCCUGUUCUGUAUGGUGACGGAGAAAAUCGACAGGGAGCUGCUGGACGCGGCGGGUCCGUCGCUGAAGGUGAUUGGCACGAUGUCGGUCGGACACGACCACAUUGACAUGGCCGAGGUCAAGGCCAGGGGAAUCAAGGUGGGGUUCACGCCUGACGUGCUGACGGACGCCACAGCCGAGCUGGUGAUGGCCCUGCUGCUGAUGACCGGCCGCCGACUGGUGGAGGCGCGACAGCAGAUCUACAACGGAGGCUGGGCGGGCUGCGCCUGGAGUCCGCUCUGGAUGUGCGGACAGGGACUGGCCGGCAGCACGGCAGGGAUCGUGGGUCUGGGCCGGAUCGGCCAGGGCGUGGCCGCUCGUCUGAGGCCGUUCAACGUCAGCACCAUCCUGUACACGGGCAGGACGGAGCGGCCAGAGGCCGCUGCCCUGGGCGCCCAGUUUGUGCCGUUCGACGAGCUGCUGGCGCGCUCCGACUUUGUGAUCGUCACCUGCGCGCUCAACGAUGACACCAGAGGCCUGUUUAACGAGGCCGCCUUCGGCAAGAUGAAGUCGAACGCCGUGCUUAUCAACGCCAGCCGCGGAGGCACCGUGGACCAGGAGGCGCUGGCGGCUGCUCUCCGCUCCGGCCGGAUCCAGGCAGCUGGCCUGGAUGUGAUGACGCCCGAGCCGCUGCCGCCCACCCACCCUCUGGCCAACAUGACCAACUGCACGCUGACGCCGCACGUGGGCAGCGCCACGGUCAAGUCGCGCACCGACAUGGCCACGCUGACGGCGCGCAACAUCCUGACCGGCCUGGACGGAGCGCAGAUGCCGGCGCGCCUCUGCUAGCAGCCCGGAUGGCGCCUCUGAGGGCUCUGCUAGUAGCUCCGCGGGCCCUGCUGGCGCCUCCGCGGGCUCUGCUAGCAGCUCCACCGACAGGCGGCGCUGUCCCGUGUGUGCUGCGCGCCGACUGGUGCCGCCGUCUGCUCAGGGGGCGCCGCCGUCCGUACAGGGGGCGCCGCCGUCCGUACAGGGGGCGCUGCCGUCCGUACAGGGGGCGCCGCCGUCCGUACAGGGGCGCCGCCGUCCGUACAGGGGCGCCGCCGUCCGUACAGGGGCGCCGCCGUCCGUACAGGGGGCGCCUCCACAGACACUGCUCACUGCUCAGGCCCUCUAGGGGUGGUGGCUGGGCGGCUGUAACCGGCAACUGGCGACCAAAACCGGCCAGUAUCCGACACUCACGGGAGCCAGACCAGUACCGGAACCCGUACGGGAGCCGUACCGGAACCCGUACGGGAGCCGUACCGGAACCCGUACGGGAGCCGUACCGGAACCCGUAUGGGAGCCGUACCGGAACCCGUAUGGGAGCCGUACCGGAACCCGUGCGGGAGCCGUACCGGAACCCGUAUGGGAGCCGUACCGGAACCCGUACGGGAGCCGUAUUGGAGCCGUACGGGAGCCGUAUUGGAGCCGUACGGGAGCCGUAUUGGAGCCGUGUAGGAGUGAGCGGCCUCAUCCUGUGGAUGAGUUGGGGAUGUUACAGGGUGUGAGAAUGGCGUGUAGGGGUGUAAUGCGGCUCUAUAGCCAGUAACAACGGCGAGGCAGCCCGAGAUGAACCGAAAGUAAGAUUUCAUGUAACUGAUUUUAAUACACGCCCGUGACUGAGA